AUGGCAAGCGAACCAUCGUACGAGGAUUUCGUGGAAUGGCAUGUGAUUUUGCCAAAGCCAUUUUUAAAACGAAUUCCGAAGGAGUAUUUUGACCCCGAAGAGCCGGGCGUGCUGCGCAUUCUUUCGGAUGCCGAAUGGCGUGGUAUCGGCAUUACACAGAGCCUGGGCUGGGAGCACUACGAGGUACAUGCCGACCAUGUGCUGAUUCGUGACGCGGUGAAGACGACAGAGGCGCAUUUUCGGCGUGUAUUCAGCGAGCCAGAGCGCCGCCUUCGUGUCCCGCUGCUCGAUGCACACUCGAUACAUUCGCUGCUACGCCGCUCGCAAUCGGACGAGGGGCGCCGUGAAGGUGUGCUUGUGCGAUGGCGCUGCAUGGUCCAAGAUACUGGAUUUGGGUGCGAGCUCUUCCUCGCGACGCUCAAGGCCAACGGCGCGUGCGUCUCGGGUUUGUACGGCGCGGAAACGAUGGUCGAUACGGCGCAGGAUACAUUGCCGGAGCCGGAGAACCUCACUGAGCGGACAGUCGUUUGUGCAAUUAGCCCGCCGGGCGAGAUGGCAUGGUGCGAACAACUUGCCACGGGCGAUUCCGCUCAAGAUACGGCUGGUUUGGCCCUUGCAAUGGACAAGAUGGACGUGGGAGGCACUGCUGAAGUUCAGCUCUGCGAUCGCGCGCGCAUUCCUGUUGCAGAGCAGCCGAGCAUAACUGCGCUGGUCAAGUGCUACGAUGUAGACGCUGCCGAAGGGCUGCGUACUACGGAUAUGAUCGACGUGGUCGGCCUGUUGGACACUAGCUAG